AUGUGCAGUGUACCAUGUUACUUGACGACAUAUUGGGGUGUAUUUGAUCUUCUUUUCAAUGUAAUCUUUCCAGUUUGUACCAUUGUUAUCGCCAAUCUAGCUCUUAUUGCACGUGUUAUUUAUCAAAAAUCAAUUGUCGUUCGUCGUACUCGUAUCGAUUGGCGUCGUCAACGAAAAAUGACUCUACAAUUGGGUAUUAUUUCUACACUCUAUCUUGUGAUUUGGCUUCCAGUAGGUAUUGGAUUACUCGGUCAAAUCUACAUAAGUUCAACUUUUUUUCUUGAUCAAAUUGAUAUCUUCAGUUUUCUAACUUAUCUUGUACCUCUUUUGUUACCAUUCGUUUGUUUGAUAUCAAUGCCUGGACUUAUGAAAAAAUUGAAAGCAAUAUUGCUUCGACGACAAAUUAUGGCUGUUGCACCUGUUAGAUUUAAACUCAACCAAUAUUAA